AUGUUUAAAAUUAAUCAAGAUUUAUUGUCAAAACACAAAUACACAGCUUUAUCAAUAGUUGCUAGUGUUGGUUUAUUAAUGUUAUCUUUUAGGAAGAGGAAAUUAAACCCAUUUGAAUCAACAUACAGAAGAGUAGCAUAAGAGAUAUAAUAAAAAGUUCUAACAGCAAAGUAUGUUAUAUAAACAGAGUUAAAGCUAUCUAAUGAAGAUAAAACUCUUAUUUUAGACAGUUCUAUUCCUUAAAUUCAUAAAUUUUACGAAUCUAAAAAGUUUACAUGUUUGGAUGUAUUAUUAACAUUUUUAGAAGUAUCAUUGGAAAAAGGAUUCAAGAUGGGUUAUUUGAAUGACGUAAAUUUUGAGGAUGCAAUAUAAAAAGCUAGAUAAUUAGAUUAAGAAUUAAAGAGUAAAAAUUAUAAGAUUGAGAAUAUGCCUUUAUUUGGUAUUCCUGUAAGUGUGAAAGACACAUUUAUUAUAAAAGGUACGUAUUAAGCAUUUGGAUGUGGAGCAUAUGCUUAAAAGAGAUCAGAAAUAGAUGGAAUAUAAGGAUAUUUAAUAAAUAAAUCAGGAGGAAUAGUAUUUGCAAAAACAAAUUUACCAUAAUUUGGAUUUUCAUAUGAAAGUUGGAAUUAUUUAUUUGGAAGAUCUAUACAUCCUUAAGAUCCUACUAGAACUUCUGGUGGUUCAACAGGAGGAGAAGGUGGAUUGAUAGCAGUAAAUGGUUCUCCAUUGGGAUUAGGUAGUGAUAGUGGAGGAAGUAUUAGAAUUCCUUCUCAUUUUUGUGGUUUGUAUGGAUAUAAGCCAAGUUCUAAAAGAUUAAUAAUGAGAGGUUAGGCAAAAGGAGUUCCAACAUGGGAUGGAAUCAGGAAUAUUGCAUCUUGUUAUGGUCCUAUGUGUAAGAAUUGAUUUAUAUAUUAAAGCUAAGCAUUUUCCUAAUUUAGUCAAUAUGAUGUCAGCAUUAACAACUAAUUAUGAAUAGGCUCCAAUUAAUANUAUAUGAUAUUGUGU